AUGCGAGGUUGCAUCAAGUUUGGCGAGCCAAGCCUCACGGCAAAUACACUCGAUGUUGUGGAUGAGGGCAUUCCAUUUCUGCACCAAGGCUUUGCCGUCCCGAACACGGCUACCAUUGUACCACCGAUCUUUAGAGAACGCAUCGGUGAAGAACUCUUCCUCAGAACGGAUAGUUUCUGUGCUGAAAUAAGGAGGGCAAAUCUUCCUGCAAUCGAACAACGGGAUUCGAUCCCGUUCGGUAGUCGUGCCGGCCAACCGGUCCAGCUCAUUGGAUGGCGGCAUCCAUGGAGACUUCACUUGGGGAGCGUGGCGCAGGACAUUCCGGUCCCUGGCCUCUUGAUUGGUGCCAGCAUGAGCACUGGCACCAGUGUUACCCCGAUCCCUUGA